UCUCUCUCCCUCUCUCUCUCUCUCUCCAUGUGUGGGUGUUUUUUUUGUACUCUUUUGUGUCAAAGUAUUCUGCGGGGGUUUAUUCCCCCUUUUUCUUUUUUCUUUCACUGUAGGUCAACACAACACACCCAAGUUGCCCAUACUUGGGCGUUUUCUCCCCCGAGAUUCCAGCUUUGUACAUACAUGCCUUACCUUACUUACAUAUAUGUAAUAGCGAACAUCCACCACCGGGGUAUAUGUGUUAGCAAUUGCACGCACAUAUGACGCAUCGUUAGUCCUCUAGUUGUGAGUCUGCCAUUGCAUCUCUGACAAGUCUGGUCUAGUUGUCGCUUGGUGUACUAGGUACUGAAGUAGGCUGAGUGAGUCCGCCUUCUGUUGUUUGUUGUGUGGAUGCUCGAUUAGCUUUUAAUAGUCUAUAUUUAUUCUUGUUGAUG